AUGUUUUUCUAAAGGUGACGUUGAUUAUUUACAAAUUGUGUAUCUGGAAUGUAUUAAGUGAAUAAAUAGCCAAUUACUGUUAAAUAAGAAUUAAGUUCCGGGGCUUAGAAAAUAUGUCUUAAUAAGAUGAUAUUAAUUCAAUUGCGAGUCACUUGCUGUAUAGGACACCCCUGUCAUUAUUUGGUACUACUGCUCCUGGCACUUCCUUGUUCAAAAGUUUUAUUUAGUGGAAGGCUUGAGGAAAAGUUGGACACUGGUUUGGAUAUUUCGACGCUGCUGUCGUCAGCUAUCAGGGGCAUGGCUCAUAUUUGUCAUAUGCUUGGCAUAAGUAGCGUGUAGGUAUCGGAGUUUUCCAUGGCUGUAAUUAUUGGAAGCUGGCUAACGUUGCAGUGAGCGGCUCCAUAAAGAGGAAGAUGUCCACGGCUAACGUUAGCGAAGACAUCAGAGUGAAGUUUCCUCUGCAUUCCGCAGUGUGGGAGAAUGAUUACAGGAAACUGGAAGAACAAAUCACGUUACCACAGAAUGACACUGAGGCUGUGGAUCCCAGAGGUCGGACGCCUCUGCACCUGGCUGUGUCGCUCGGACACCUUGAGUCAGUUAGAGUCCUUCUUCGACACGGCGCUGAAGUGACGAAAGAAAAUGACAACAAUUGGACAGUGCUGCAGGAGGCAGUCAGCACCGGAGAUCCAGAGAUGGUUCAGUUAGUGCUUCAGCGCAGAGACUACCUCAAAGCCUCCACUGCUCUGGGAGGAGUGCCUGAGCUGCUGUCAAAGAUACGAGAGUCUCCAGACUUCUAUAUGGAAAUGAAGUGGGAGUUCACCAGUUGGAUCCCUCUUCUGUCACGGGUUUGUCCAAGUGAUGUUUGUCGCAUUUGGAAAAGUGGCGCCAGCCUGCGAGUGGAUGCCACUCUUCUAGGCUUUGAAAACAUGACCUGGAUCAGAGGUCGUAGAAGCUACAUCUUCAGAGGAGAUGAUGCAUGUGCAGAGUUGAUGGAGGUGAACCACGAUGAUGAAGUAGUGGACACUGAACGCUUCAACAUAUCCCAAGAAAUGGAGGAUGUCACACUGGAGUCGAUGCAGCCAGCUGAACAGGAAGUUGCCAAAAGGUUGACUACUCCUAUUGUCAACACGUACUUGGACACCAAGCAUAUUGCUUUUGAAAGGAUCAAGUCUGGGAUUUGGGGCUGGAGAAGUGACAAAACUGAAGUGAUCAAUGGAUUUGAAGCAAAGGUUUUCAGUGUGAACAAUGUAAAUGUGGUUAUCAGGACAAGGACAGAACAUCUUACAGAUGAGGAGAAAGCCAGGAUAAAAAGUGAAAGGAACAUCCUGGAGUCCCUGCUUGGGACUGUUGAGCAGCACAUAAGUGCACAAGGGGACCUGACUCUGGAGUAUGCGACUGCCACCAAUCCCACUGCCAUCACUCCGGAGGAAUAUUUUGAUCCUGACUUUGACCUGGGCAACAGAGACAUCGGCCGACCCAUUGAACUGAGCGUUCGAACACAGAAGUUCAAAGGUACAUUGUGGAUGAGCGAGGAACAUCCUCUGUCCCUUGUGGAGCAGGUGACCCCGAUUAUCGACCUGAUGGCUCGGACCAGUUCCCAUUUUGCACGCCUACGAGACUUCGUAACUCUGAAAUUUCCUCCGGGAUUUCCUGUAAAAAUAGAGAUCCCCCUGUUUCAUGUUCUGAAUGCCAGGAUUACAUUUGGUAACGUCAAUAAAUGCAGUACUGAAGAGGAGGCGCAACCAACGCCAGCAGCCACACCGACGUCCUCCGGAGAAGACGAGGAAGCUGCAGCACUGCCUCCGUUUCAGGUGUGUCCUUCAGUGUUUGAGGUGCCUGCCAGCUACCAUCGGCGAGGAGGCAGCCGACACACACCCAUGUCUAACAACGACGAGGAGCUCUUGCAGUACGCCAUCCAUCAGAGUCUCCUGGAGUCUCGCAGGGUCCCAGACCAGGAGGGGAUUUGGGAUGAUGCUGAUGGGGAACUCCCUGAUGUAAUGACAAGGAGCCAGAGUGACAGGAGUAUCCCAGAGGGGGUGCUAGUGGAAUACGGAGACACCUCCAGCCCUGCCAGCUCCGCUUCUGCCUCUAGCCCCGACACAGAUCUCCGCCUGGCUAUGGAGCUCUCUGCGCAAGCUCAAGCGGAAGAAGAGAGGAUAAGGAAGCAGGAGGAAGAGGAGCUGGAGAGGAUAUUGCAGCUAUCGCUCACUGAGAAGUAAACAGGAAUAAGAGGGAAUAACAAUAAUAAUACAACUUUUCCAGAUCCACAGGCAACCACCACACCUCAGUCCUCCUUCCCAACCACUGUAGUCAUCUAUGCAACCGCAGAUUUCUUUCUGUAACAGAUCAUUCUUCCACAGGCAAUAUCAGACUCUCAGUAUCCAAUAUUUUCCAAAAGGUAUUUUUGGUAAGAGCAUACUUCUUUAUAUAUUUCUAUUUCAGCAUAGUGUGUCUCCAUCCUCAAACUUAAUAAUGGACUCUUUUAGAUACGUUUGGAUCAGUUCUUCUUCUUCUUUUUAUUUAUUUUUUUUUCUUUCCAAAUCAGAAUCACAGCUGCAACCCACACGCGUUGAUCGUACUGUCGUCCGCUGUGGCGUCACAUUGGUGUAAUAAGGUUCUAUGAAUAGAAAUGUUUGACCACUUAAGGUGACUUCACGUAGUGCUGACACUCAAAUGUGGCUCUUAAGGUCCAGAGCACUCUGUGUUGUUGUUUUUUUUUUUUUUAUCGCUUCAGUCCCUGAUUUUUUUGAAAGCUAGACACAGCAAAGCAUAAUUGAAAACUAUAAGCACUGUGGACUUAAGGGGAUCGAUUUGAGUGUUUUCACUGUGAAGUCGUCCUACAGAGUCACUUUGUUGAGGACCGUGGGCUCACAGAAUAACAAAAAUCUCAGGGUUCCAAUUACACACAUUUUCCAUUCGCUUUGGAAUUAAUUUUUAAUCAGUUGUAAAACUAUCGAAAAUUGUAGGUUGGUAAACGGUUCUUUGGUGCGAAAUGGUAGCAGUCAUGCAUAUCACUCAUAUCGAUAGUAAUUCAGAAAGAUGGGCUCAUUGAGUCAAAAGGUGAUUAGUAAAUGCAUUUUCUUGUCCUUUGCGAACUCCGAUGGAUAAACAAAAACAUGUUGUUGUCAGACAAACUUCAAAACGGCUGCAUGGCAACGUAACAUCUGCAAAAAGCAUGGAUGUUUAACUUUCCUGGCCUAACUUUUUUUUUUCUUAUCUGAGCAUUUUCACACAUUUGAUGGUGAGAAAGGACAUAAUUUUGUUAACCGUCACUGAGCAACUUUGAGAAUUAUCACCUCAGUUCAAAAAUGCAAUAGCAGAGACCAGUCUGUCUGUGGAUUUACAGCCGCCAUGCAGUUAGGAAGCAGCCACGCAACCGGCGCUACCAAGAUUAUUCAGAUUCCUAAAGGCAGUCCGUUUGCCUUUUGUAGCCAUGAACAACUCAAGACCUCUGAAGAAAAGACAGCACAGACUCAAAGAUCACGCAUGCCCGCCAUACGUAGGAUUAGUUUCUUCAGCAUGUGCCAAGGGAUUGCCUUGCUCUGACAACACUUUGUCUGGGUGACAGGUGGUGACAAAUUUAUGUGGUGCCAGAUUUUUUUUUUUUUUUUUUUUUAAAGAAUUUUGUAACUUAAAAACAAGAUAAAGAAGUUUCACUUGUACUAAGGUGAUUCUGAGUUACAAGCGUUAACCACUAUAGUUGAUUUAGGUGACAGCCAACCACUUAUCAAAGGCCUCCCUGCGCCACUGCGUCUGACUUUCAGGGGUUUCAGCAAACAAACUAGACUAAUAAUUAGAACGACCGAGUUUCAGUGGACAUUACAAAAAAAAAAGAAAAAAAAAGGCUUGCUUUGGUUGAAUUAAUGCAGAUCUUUGUAAUGCACCGUUCCAGCUGCAGAGGGUUUUUUUUAAUGUUAAGAUUUUAAGAAAACGUGUCAGUUUCAAAAUGUUGUUUCUAAAAUAAAAGCACUUUAUUUCCA